AAACUUUGUAAUCUGACUCAGUUUUGUAUUAUACACAGAGCAUAAACGCUAGAGUAAAACAUAUUUGGUUGGGCAUAUACGAAUACGAUGAGGUUUGUAGGACUUGUAUGUUUUUUGCUAAUACUUUUGGCAACAAUAAGUAAAGCAAGACAGGUUUGCCCGGAUCCGAAUGCACAUUGCGAUUGCAGUAAUCUCAUGGCUGGUGAAAUUACAUGCACUUCGUUGACUCAGUUGCCAAGUGGGCUGUACAACAAUAUAACAUCGUUGAGUUUGGACAGAAAUUUUAUUGGUCCAGUACUUAUUAAACCUCAUGUUAACCGAUUAUCCAAUCUCUCACUUACGGAGCUAAUUUUGAGCAAAAACAAAAUCGAAGCUGUCGAGGAGGGAUGUUUUGACCCUUUGAAUUUACUUGAAACUUUAGAUUUGAGCGAAAACCCAAUACAAGCUUUGUCGGAUAACUCAUUCCGAGGAUUGAAAAGUCUGAAAUAUUUGUUCAUGAGUAGCACAAAGUUGAUUACGCUGCCCAGUCGGGUCUUCGAGACUGUACCAGUGCUGUUAGAGGUUGAUUUAGAAGAUGGACAACUUACUACUGUUGGUAUUGAAUUCACAACAUUGGGUCGUAUUGCAACCAUCCUGUUGGCUAGAAAUAAGAUCAACCACAUUGAUCGAAGUGCUUUCUCUGGUUUAAGCAGUCUUACGCAUCUUUCACUAUUCGGAAACAAACUUCAUUAUCCACAAUCAAGUUGGGUGCGAGAUAUAAACAGAAACAAUGGGACCGUAGAGUUGGACAGACGAGCUACAGGUUUUGCUGCAUACCCGAACCCAUGGUUGUGCUGUUCUCAAGCAUCACUGUAUUACCACUAUCUCUUAAGCUUGUCUAGAAGUUUACGAAGUUAUGACCAACUGAAUAUUGCAUGUUCUUGGCCAAUUCAGUUUUCCGGAAGGUUGAUUUCCAGUCUUAACGAGAUUGAACUGAAUUUGGUUCCUGUGCCAAUUACUCAGCCACAACAACAACCCCACCGUUUACAGUGAGCACCACCACCACAAGUACACGGAGCAACACUACGUUGGCAGUAUCCAUAAUUCGAGCGUCAAAUUUCAUGGGUCGCCUAAACAAUACGGGUGUGGUGUUCAUAUUGUUGCUGGUGUGCCUCCUAACCGCUAUCGCUGUAUCAGCAAUGUGUUAUUGGAGGUACAAAGAUGGAAAAACUGCUUCUUGUGGCGGAAUACUGUCAAAAAUAUCUGUAAACUACAACUCAACCGACAGUGUAAAAAGCGAUACGGAGAUUACAAGUCGGCCGUACAAGCAAAAUCCACCAUUGUACGGAGCAACAUCCGUGAAUGCUGAACGACAAUCAAGCGGGACAGAAGAAAAUGAAAUGAAUGAGAUGACCAGCACAAAAGAUAGAAAAUUCUACGAAACAGGACAUGGCUAUUCUUCGGUUGUAUCUCCUGCAUACCCACAUUUGGCGGAGAAUGAUCAGAGCGAAGAUGAAAUUUGGAAUGCAGAGAAACGGAAACCAAUUUAAGGGCAAACCAUCGCAUCUUUACUGUAAACAUUUCGAUUACAUUGUUUAUUGUACCAUAUUAUUACUUUUUAUUGAAACUUAGUUGAACAAUGCAGGUAGUUUUUAAAUUAUUGUUCUGUAAAUCUACAUGUUGUCCAUAUUGAAUAAAGCAAUCUGGCCGAGGAUAUUUAGGCUACGUAUGUGCCCAACUCAUUCUUUUUAACUCGCCAUUAUAGUAUAUAAGUACUUUUUUAUUUCUCCUUGUAGACUGUUAUUAUUAAUAAAUACUGCAGUGUCUCCAGAAAACGUACCCGUUUCAAUAGUAGACCACUAACCUAGUCCUAAGGCACUUCUUUUAGUCAUGCAUUUUUAGUUGCGAAUGAUCCAAUGACGUCACAAAUCGUACACAAAACGAUUUAUUAAAACAAGAUGGCGGCCAAUCCUAAAGUUGGCAUUUUAUUAAAAGCUUACAAAACUGUUUGCGUUCUCGUAAUAAAUAGAAUGAUUUCUCGUCAAAA